UUUGCACAAUUACACUUAAACCUGUUUAUUCCUUCUUCUUCUUCUUCUUCUUAUACUAGUCUUCAUCAUUCACUCACAAAAGCAAAAAAAAAAAAAGAAACCAGAGAGAUGGAUCAAAUAAAACCGGAGUUUCUGAAGAAAUUGACGAAGUUUAUAGCAGUUUCGAUAUGGAUUUUCUCGCUUUUAACCACUCACAACUUCUAUGUAUAUAGAUUCAUGAUUCAACUCGUAACACACGCAGUAGAUAAAAACUACAUGUUCCUCCUCUGCAAUGGUCUCUUAGUGGUUGUUGCGAAGUGCUCUGGCUUGGUCGCUUCGUCAAAACCGAUAGAGAAAAUUUGGAGUAAUACCGAUAAAACCUUUGAUUAUGGAGAUUUCGAGAGUUACAAUGCGAUAUUGGAGGUGAAGUAUAAUUCUGUUAAUAGAAUAGGAACAGAGUCCUUUCUUGCAGAGGAAGUUACUGUGGAGGAGGAUACAAAACAUCAAGAAACCGAAGAAGAUGACGAAGACAACACAUUAGCAGAUAACGAAGGAGAGGAAGAGUGUGAUCUUCGUGACGGAUCUAUAAACGAGGAAGAAGAAGAAGAAGAGAACGUAGGAGUGAUGGCAUCGACGGAGGAGGAGAUGAAUAAGAAGUUCGACGAGUUCAUCAGAAAGAUGAAGGAAGAGCUUAGAAUAGAAGCUAAACGGCAUUUAAUACUUGUUUGAGUACUUUAUAGUUAAUCAGUUUUGUUUAAGUUUAAUCGCACCAGGUUUGCGAGUUACGUUUUCUAGCUUCUUCUACGUACUUCCUCCUAUCCUUUGUAAGCAUAUCUUUUAAUGGAAUCCUUUUUAUAUCAAAGUAAUUCUCUCGCGUUACACUUUUUAUUAAAAAAAUUCCCUCUUA